UCUUAGGUACAGGGCGAUGACGGCUCGCGAGUCGCCAGUUACUUCCCUUAUUUCUCCCUCCCCCUGGCUUACGAACUAAUUAUGGCUUGCCAAAGUCGCCAUGGCUGGCCGAUCACUCGAGUCCUUCCCGAGAUCCGCUUCCCUUUAUCCCCUCUUAUGUUGCAAGGGUUCGGUCGAGAUCUUUUUUUUUUCUUUUCCUUUUCCUUUUCUUAUUCUUUUUCCCAUAUUCUUUGCUUCUCUUUUCUCUUCCCCUCCCUUCGGUCCAAGUUGUAUGCCCGCCUUAUCGUCGAGUUGAUGGGAAUUCCAUCAUCACCGUCGUCGUCGUCGUCGUCAUCAUCGUCAUCAUUAUCAUUAUUAUUAUCAUUCCCUCGCGGCAAAUUUCCCAACGUCGAAGCAAACGGCCCGCCGUUCCUUUCUUUCACUCUUAAUUCUAGAACUACAGGACUAGCGACGGCCCGUAUCAUUUUGUCGGUCACUACAGUGCAGGAGCUCGUCACAACGAUCAUAUAGAGCCGAUUCUCCGAGGCUCAGUUCCCCUCAACACCCAUAUUCC